AUGCCGGCUGGUUCGGAAUUCCCAGAGCUGCGAAAGCCUGCCUCUCAAAACUUCUCAUCACCACCGAAAUGGGACUCUUCAAAUCUAUUGAGAAGACCAGCCCCGCUACCCAAGAAUACCGCCCCAGAUUUUCACCCUGUAGGAACUUCUCCUACCAAGCAAUCACCUACUAAAUCGUUCACACCUUCAUCAGUCCAUCGCCGGCUGAACUCGCUCCAAACACAAUCCUCAAGCAAUGUUCGGGAACUCUCCAACGUCUUCAACAACCAAAUUGGUGGAUCCAAGCCCACGAAUGGUAUCUCUACCAGUCCCUUCAAAAAUGAAAGCCCGGUUGCGAAGAAGGAAAGGGAGAGGGAUGUCUCGACAGUGUCGAUUCCUCCAAUGUUCGGUAGCGUCAAACCAAAGGCUGAACCGCCGAUGGCUCGAAUGCCACCAGCCUAUGAUGCUCCAGUUACGAUUCCGAAUACGGCCCCCCCGCCAGUGGCUACACCAGUCGUCCCCCUAACUUCCAACGGUGUCCCUGAUCGCUUUUCAUCCGCAAUCAGCUCUGGGGAUUUUCAUAUCUUGUCAGGGCAGCUCAAUAAUCUUCUCACAAUCUCGAAUAGCCUCCAAAAAGAGAUGGCAAAUCUCAGCAGGAGAUCCAAAGACAAUGCAAUGGAUUUGAUGUCUCUCAAGGAAGCCACAAACCAUAGAGAUGAAGACAUCAGAAAAAGCUUGAAGGAUUUGGCUUCCGGACUUACCAGGCCCGGAGGAAGGCUUGCACUAACAUCCACUAAUGAUACGCUGGAUUUUGACAAUGCUCUUACACGUUAUGGGUCAGCUCCAGAUGUUCACCGCAGCUUUGUGAGCGACGCAGAGGAGGUCUUGCGGCAGUCACAUGCUAAGCGCAAGUCUAUUGGCAAAGAUAUCCAAGCUACGAUGGAAACUCAUUCGACCGACCGAAUUCUUAGAGAAAUGGCUACCAAGGAGAGCCAACGGCGAGUUACUGAUCUCCUUGAAAACAUUCAAACCGAGGUUCUAUCCCAGGGCAAAACUACGUCGUCCAAAAUUUCCGAAGUUCUCCGCAAUAUCCAAUCGGCAGGGCUUAGAAGCUCGUCACCUAACGCUGCUGUUCGGUAUCCUAGCCAUAGCCAAGAGGUUGACAAUGAUAAUAGUCUAAUCCUUGGUUUGCUCGAGGUCUUAAAGACUAGCAUGGAGGAGCGAAUGGAUGAUCUUCAGAAUUCCUUGUCCCUUAUCAACAAUACACCCCCAAACGGCCUGGGAGAUGUUUCAAGUCAGCUAAAACCCGUUGAGGAUGCACUUCAAAAUCAUAUCAAGGCCACAGAAGAAGUGAAGGAUCUCAUCUCCAAUCUCCAGCUGACAGGACCUGGAUAUUCACCAUUACCGAUAGUCGAAAGUUUGAGUUCUCAGAUCCGAGACCUAGCUUUGAGGCUAGAGUCAUUGCCUGUGGACUCAAAUAUAGGAAUUCUAAAUGAGAAGGGGGCUGUUAGCACCAUCGAGCUCAAGGAUAUGCUUAAAACGCUGAUAGAAAUGGCUUCCCGAAACGAGGCAGGAACCUACAAGGCUGCCGAGGUAUUGAAUCAAAAGUUGGGGGAAAUCUCAGCGGCUGUAUCUCGAGGCCCUGCGGUCCCCUCCAGUCCUCCCGGUGAGUCGUCGGCCACCGUACAAAAUGCGGCCCUUGGGCUCGAGCCCACCCUUGCUGGACUAAAGGCCACCCUCGGAGACAUGCAGGGUGACAUCUGCGCUCAAGAAAAAGUCGUCGAAAAGGCUUUGGAAAUAAUUCUUCGUGAGCUCAACAAAGUAACUCCUACAAUCGAAUCGAAGAUUGUGAGUGCAGAUGAAAUUGCCUCGGCAACCCAGAUUAACCUUCGAGAAGACUUCGGGAAUGUUCAAACAAAAAUUGCCACUGUGGAAGGAACAAUGCGAGAUUCUAUGAAUGUGAUCCAAACGCAACUCCAGGUCAUCACAGAAAGUGCAGCCGCCGCUCAAAUGUUUACCCCUCGAGGCGAGGUUAGAGAGGGCGAAGCCCCUCCUCCACGCGUUUUUGAUGGCUCGGUCGCUGCGGUUAGUGCUAUUGGCGCUAUGGGGAAGGACCUCAAGCACACCAUGGAGAACCUUCAAAGCGAUAUCAACGGCCGUGAAAGGGUCACUGAAAAGGCAAUGGAAAUUAUCCUACGAGAGAUUGCUACUAUCAACAAGUCUGUCGGCGGAGUCCCAAUGAAGAUUGUUGAUGGGGUGAGAGACGCUUUAGGCUAUGGUGAUGGAAUGAAGCAAGCUAUGCAGGACCUGCAAGCUGACGUUCUCGGACGCGAGAAGCACACUGAGAAGGCCCUCGAAAUCAUUCUGCGAGAACUCCAGACUGUCGCCGCCAAUUUCGAUAAGGCUCAAUUGGCAAUCGCACAUUCACAGGAGCAGAAGUCUAGUGUGGUCAACCAAGCCGAAAAGGAUAUCAAAUUCAACCUAGAGACUAUUGUCACAAGAAGUAGCAGAAUUGCAGACACAACAGCGUCGAUCCAGGAAAUAUUGGAAGCGUUCCAAAAAGCUCAAACGGAGGCAAAUGAUAAAGUUAGCGACACCACUCAGAGCCUCGCUGGUUCGCUGGAAAGUUCGGUCAAAGCCCCUGUCGAGGAACUUUCCGCCCUUCUCAAAACCGUACAGGAACAAUUCAAGUCAACUACUUCAAAUACAGCCCAGUCAAUCAUCGAAGUUGCUAAGUAUCUCGAUACACUAGGAGAUAAAGCUUCCACGAAUGCUGAACAAAUUGAGAGUGUGAAAACCUCAAUUUCAUCAGUACAAGAAAAUAUUCAAAACUUUAAUUCAUCGAACAAAGAAAUGAAUGCUACCCUCAUCGAAAGGCUAGAGUCUAUGCUUGCAGAGCUACAAGAGUCAGGCUCUAAAGCGAUUGAAGCAGCAAAGGGUCCUGUGGAGGAAGAACUUGCUCAAGAGAAGGACGCCAACUCCAAGGUGAUGGAUGAGCUAAAGAGCUUGAUUGAUUCUUUGAAAGAGGGGUUUGCUCAGUCUGUUGUGACUACGGAGGCCCGGAACUCAGAGCUUUCGAAGCAACUAGAUAGCUACUGCCAGAGUGCCCGUGAGGACCAGCAACAAACCCAAAAUGACAUCAAAUCUGUCAAGGAAUCCGUUCUAUCACUUCAGAGCGACGAUGGAACUCUUGCAAAAAUUCUCUUGGCAAUGAAGGAUGUCGCGGAGUAUCUAGCAAGGCCCGCGGCAGCGCCGACUGGGAAGAUGGAAGGAAAUCUUGGGAAAGCCGAAGGGGAAGAUGCCGACAUGGAGCUGAAAGACAAUACAAAACUCGACGAGAUCCUCAAAUCCAUGGUGACGAAGGAAGAUCUUAACUUCGCAGAAAUCCUCAAAUCAAUUCCUACCAAGGAGGAUUUCAACUUCGCAGAGCUACUUCGGCCCAUAGCGACAAAGGAAGAUAUUCAAUUUGCAGAAAUCCUCGAAGCAAUGCUGAAAAAGGAGGACAUCAACUUGGCCACAAAAGGAGAUCUCAAGUUCACACAAAUAAUCGACACCAUGGCUACAAAAGAAGACCUCAAAUUUUCAGAGAUUAUUGACACCAUGGCGACCAAAGAAGACCUCCAGUUCACAAAAAUUAUUGAGGCCAUGCCAACCAAGAGUGACCUCAAAUUUAUGGAAAUCCUCGACACUAUGAUGACUAGGGAAGACCCCAAGCUUGCCGAAAUCCACUCUUCAAUGUUGACAAAAGAAGAUCCGAGACUAGACCAAAUCCUAGAGUCAAUGGCUACGAAAGAAGAUCCGAGGUUCGGUAAUAUCCUUGAGUUGAUGCUCAGGAAAGACGACGCAAAAUUUAUCGAAAUUCACUCCUCUAUGCUAACGAAAGACGACGUCAAACUUGCCGAAAUCCACUCUUCUAUGCUAACCAAGGAGGACCCCAAACUAGCGGAAAUUCAAAUAUCAGUGGCUGGGCUUUCUGAGCAAAUCAAAUCUCUGACCUUAACGGCACCCGCAGGCCAAGAAAACGACAAUGCUGUGAAUUCCAAAUUAGAAACCUUAAUCAGCCAUUCUAAUCACCAGGCCAAGUUGUUUUCUCAGCUAAACUUACUAGAUGACAUUCAGAAGAAAGUCGAGGGGACUUCCUCCCAGGUGGGAGAGUUCAUUACCAACCAAACGACGCUAAUCCAGACGCAUGCCGCUACAGAACGACACGCAGCCGCAGAAGCCACAUUAGCGAAGGAGAAGGCAUUGGCGGAGAGGUCCGUUGUUGAGGCGACAACUGCAGCAUUGAAGGCAGAAGAAUUGAACCUUCAAAAUUCUAUAUGUUCUCUACGGCUCGAUAACGACGACUUAAGCAAGCGAAAACAUCAUUUAGCAGCUGAACUAUCAAGUAUCGAGACUGCCCUUGCUCUUCGACGUGAGGAACUCGCCCUCCUUGAAGCUAGAGCCGAAACUCUUGAGAGACGAAUGUUAGAAGGUGUUAUCAAUCAAUCUCGAUCCCUCCUCCUAGCAAAGUCUACAACUACUCCCGGCAAGCCACUUCGUCGCGUUAUCAGCCCCCCUGUCUUUGGAACAACGAGAUCUGCAAAUGGCGCCUCUGGCCGUCGAAUUGUAAGUAUGAACAUCGCAAAUUCGGGGGCUAUUAUGAACAGCCUAGAGCCACAGAAUCGGACACCAUCCGGCAGUGCCAUUUUCUCUGGGACACCGACUACUAUACGCCGGACCCAGAGUGUCCGGACGAGUACCCAACCCUCACGCAAAACUAGCUGGUCUACGAUUGAGCCCGUCAUUCAGGAUGAAAGAGGUGGAGAAAAUAAGGAGAACGAAUCAGCCAUAAAGGAGGGGGGAUCUCAGCUAGAUACUACAGUAUUACCUCUAGCGAAGAUGGGGUCGGAGACAGGCCUUGCAACAUUACAAACCAUCGAGGAUGAUGAUACAGAUCGCUACGAAUCAGCAGAUAAGGCUGCGGUUCUUGGAGGCGACGAUGUUGUAAAGGGUGAGAAACGGUAUCCAUCUGGGCUGAGUGCAGCAAGCAGGAGAAGUGAUAGCGUAAGCUCGAGGGCUACUCAGGAUGAAGAAGUUGAUUGA